CAGGUGAGUUCACUUAGGUAAAUUGCUUUGACGCACGAUCAUUACGCACUGGAGACUAUAAGAUCUUUAACAAAAUGUGAGGUUCUGGUGUUUAAACUCGCUCAAACUUUACGCGGCACGUGUAAAGUUUCAUAUUUCCUUUGGCAACCUGAGAUUUAAUGCUAUAUAUUUACACGGGAGCAUUUUAAACCGGUGGAUGUCGGAGCAGGUACCCGGAAACAUGCGGCACCUACGGGCUGCCCUCGCGCUGCUCCUCGGGCUCCACACAGCUCUGGGACAUGCCCUGGUUCCUGCUCCAGAGGAUGUGACUGUGCACUGCUCAGACAACAGACCCAGAGUCUCCUGGAACUACAGAUCCCACACCUCUGCAAACUUCACUGUUCAGCUUGUGGUUAAUGAAGGGUCUUUUCAGAGCCAGACUCGGCAUCAUGAGUUUGAUCUGAGUGACUUCAUAUGGAGCAACAAGAUGCAAAUGUUUGACUUUAUGUACGUCAAAAUCACAGCAACACAAGGGCCAAACCGAUCUGAACCCACCCGCUCUUGCUCCUUCAGCUACAACAUGUUCAAGACCGUCGACAUCACAUGUCGUUUGAAGUUUCCUCCGGUGAAUCUCACGUCAGAUGGAUCAAAGGCCACUUUGACGUUUGAUAACCCACUGCACUUUUAUAAAGAACUGAAGGCAAUCCAACCAGCUGUUUUUGAACUCGACAUCAUUAUGAAGAACAGCACUCAGCACAGACAAUGUUUUUUCUCUGAGAAACAUUGUAUAUUCUCUUUGGAUUUUCCUGAAAAUUCAAAUUCCUGUGUGAACCUGACCGGACACGUCAGGAAAGGGCUGGAGCAAAUCGAAGUCCUUCACCUGGAGCCUGUCUGCCCCACCACUCCCCCUGUGGAUGUAGUGACCGAGUGGGUGGUCGCCAUUUUGUCCCUUGUCAUCAUUUUCAUUGUGAUUGUUGCUGUGACGAUGGCGAUUUGUAAAGUGCGAGCCUGGAUUUUUCCAAAGGCACCAACUCCAAAGACACUGAUGACACAUCUACCAAGUCAAACAGUCGCCAUUUCUCCAUCUGAAGUUUACAGUCCAGUUCACAUCUACGGGUCUAGAUCAAGACUGAACCUCCAGUAUCCAGAGUCCGAGGAAGUUCAGGCUGAAGACCAAGUCCUUAUGCUGCCUAAAGCCUUCCAAGACGAUGCCUGGCACCAUCAGGAAGAUCACGAAGAUUCCGGGGAGUCCACCAAAACAGAGACACUGUCAAUAAAUUCAUCUGGCUCUGAUGAAAUAGAAGUCACAAACUAUGAGAGGAGAACCCGGGACAUAGACAUAGACAUGGACCUCAGUGGAGACGUGGUGAAAGGAUACAAGUGCUAAACGUCCACACUAGACCGGGACUAGAUGAGGUCUAAUUGAGGACAAAAUGAGUACUAAAUGAGGUCUAAAACAGGUCCACAGUUCAUAGACAUAGACCUGAAUAAGGACUCUGUGACCAGGCCUACCAAAGAAUUAUGAAGACUAAACCUGGACUAAACCAUGGACUAAACCAGGACUAUCCAGGGACUAAUCAUGUACUGUUAUCAUGGAAAACUACUUGUGAAAUAAUCAUUUAUAUUAAUAUACUUUUCACACAAUCAGGGCAAUUAAUAUGAGUGCAAUAUUUAUUAGACAUAUAUAACAUGCACUGAAAUGGGACUACUGCGGGUCUGAAACGGGUCUGAAACGGGUCUGAAAUGGGUCUGAAACGGGUCUAAACUGGGUCUAACCCAGGUGUGAAACCAGGUGUGAAACCAGUCUAAACUAGGUCCAAACCAGGUCUGGACCAGGACUACAGCAGAUCUAGUGUUUUUGUAAGGAAAUGAACGCCACUGAUGACUAAACUUGCCAGUUUUUGUUGCAUGUAGCUAGGCCCAGUAAUUAGAGAUAUUAACCAUAAACCACGUUAACAAAUCUGCACUUUUUAAAGGUACAGUAUGUAACUUUUUGGAGGUGGCACAUCAACUGUUUCCAUGGAAGUAGAAAGUUAAAACCAUACUUCAGAACAUUCUCCAUUGCAAUAGAUAAUGUCGCCAUACUGUGAAAGAUUAUAGCCAAAGGAACAAUAGAUCCAUGGAAACAAGCAGGAGAAGGCCAAAUAUGAGUCAGGUUCAUGGAGAUGCAAGCCCGCACACAGUAAGGAUGCAUGUUUUUCCGUACAAUAAAAACAACCAACAUUCAGGGAAAAUACUUUUGUUGGUCUAUUAUUUUUGCUAAAAUGUUACAUACUGAAGCGGCAGAUUCCACCUGUACACGUGCCACCCUACAUCUUGGACUUUCCAGUUAGUAGUAAAGCCUUAAAUUGUUCAGUGUUUUUUUUGGUGAACCAGUCUAACCUCUUCAACUGCUUUGUCAUCAAGUUUAAUUAUAGUGGCACAUGUAAGUCAAGGGAAAUAUCUGGUUUACAUUCUUUUUAAUGUUUUUGUAAUGUAUGAACUUGAGUAGAAGUCACAAUAUUGACCAAAUACAUGCGAAUCUUAUCAAAAAAAAAUUCUAAAAUGCAACGUUCUGUAAAUUGUAAAUUAGUGUUGGUUGAGUGAAUUUUUUAGAGAAUUAACUACAAACGUGCAGAAAUGUUAUCUCUGUAUGUUUGUUUUUUGAAGGAUGAAGUAGAUUUUUAAUAAGCUUUUAAAAAUAUAUAUAUGUUAUAAAGUGCCUGGUGGCCGUUAGGCAAAGUAGAGAAUCUUUGGUGAAGUCAUGGUUUAUUUCACUGGAUACAGCUGCUCGUUCUCAUCGUCUAUUACCUACAUGAUUUUUUCUGGUAGAUUUAGCCUAUUUCACGUUGCUCACUGCUGUCCCACUUAGGGCUGCAACUAACAGUGUUUCCCAUUAAUACAGGAGACUAUGGUGGGCCCCUUAUACUCUAAAAACUACCUGGUCUGUAUUGGCAUAACCAAAUUACACUUUGUCGCUCACUGUAUUGUCAUAAACUGAGAAAAAGAAGACUACACAAGGCAAAAUGACUUGGAUAAAGAAAGGGCAGGAAGUGACUUAUACUCCACAAAUUCAGAUGAAAUAAUUCAAAUAAAAAUAAUCUGUCACGAUAUUUUUAACAAAAUCUAUGGGAAACACAGAAUAAUUAUUUUAGUAAACAAUAUUAUUUAUUAGCCCUAUCCCUAGUUGAGAAUGGAUAAUGUUACGCACUUUAUUCAUAGUUUUAUUAAUACCAACCAUCGCAGCUCGGGUGUGUCCAUUUGGAAUUUUGAAAAACUGGUCGCCCUACUUUGCCUUAAGACACCAGGCAUGAUUAGCAACUUUGCCUAUAACAUAUAUUUUUAUAUUCUCAACAAUAUACUCUAUUAUAAUUUCUACAAAAGAAUGAACGGAAGUAUUAUUAAAUAUGAUCAAUGUUAUGUCUUCCACUUCUGCGUGUUGUUAAUCUGAUGGAAAUAUUUGUAAUCUGUUUAACCUCAUCAUUUAACCUCAUCAUUGUAUAUUGUGUAUAAAUACUUUUAAUAUAAACUCAUUUUUUUCAUAC